CCGUCUUGCUAAUUCUGACAUUCCCCGAAUAACUCGCCUUCUUCUCCACGAAACCUCUCUCGAACUCGCACUCGCACUCGCACUCCACGCUCUCGAGCGCACCAAUUGAGCUUCUCUCUCGCUCGUCUCGUCAUCGCCGAUUACCUCACAUAUACCGUUCACGAUGCUGCGCACAUCAGCCUCCAACCUGCUGCGCAAGAGCCUGGUGCGCAGCACUCCCGCCCUGGCCUCACGGGCUGCCUCGACUCACGCCAUCUCUAACCCGACCCUCGCCAACAUCGAGAAGCGAUGGGAGGGCAUGCCUCUCCAAGAGCAGGCCGAGCUCUGGAUGGCUCUGCGUGAUCGCAUGCAGUCCAACUGGACCGAACUGACCCUCCAGGAGAAGAAAGCUGCUUACUGGAUUGCCUUCGGUCCUCACGGUCCCCGCGCUGUCGACCCCCCUGGAACCGGUGCCCGCGUCGCCUGGGGUGUCUUCAUUGGUCUCGCCGCCAGUGUCGCUCUCUUCGGUGCUGUCCGUGUUGUCGCCAAGCCCGCUCCUUACACCAUGACCCAGGAGUACCAGGAGGAGACCAACGAGUUCCUCAAGAACCAAAAAUCCGAUCCUUUCACCGGUAUCACCUCUCCUGGUUAUGCUGGCAAGGGUAUGGUCCAGUCUCCCCCCAAGGGCAACUAAAUUCAAUACACAACAUCGUUUCCUUUGUGCUAGAAGCUGGAGUGACUCUACGGAGACGUAUUGAUGUGUAAAAGGGCCUCUGGUACGUAUGGAUAUGACCAGAGGUUUCGAGGUCGCUCCAGAGAUAUCAAGUCCUCUUGGUGUAAAUACUGUACUACAACAACGAAACCCGAGUCGAGUCAUUUGUUUGAUUGAAUUUGUUCGCUUGCCUAUCUCUGUGGGAGCGUACCCGAAGCUUUGCCUAACCAUUCUGUCGACAUUAAAUCCAGUUAAUCAAAAUAGUAAUUGCUCCAAUACGCCUCGUUUCCAAUGAUGUUGAACUUAGCCACCGCUCUGUCCUGCUUCUCGGUACUUUUCAAAUGUGUUCUCGGGUUCCCCUUUGGCUGGAUUCAUCUCUUCUGCCUGCAUCCUUCUGUCCACCUCAAACCGGCCGUCCUUGCCCCAGUAUCCUGCCUUCUCCGUUCCCUUUACGCAUCCUUCGGUGAUGAGUACAUAAGGCAUCGGAGCAUCAAACAUGGGCUCUGCUAGGACACGCUCCAUCUCCAUCUUGAGACCUCGGGCGCCUGUUUCUGAAGCAGCAGCUCGCUCCGCGAUAGCAUAUAAUGAUUUCUCUGUGAAGAAUAAUCGCGAAGGGUACGUCUCGAAAAGAGCGGUAUACUGAGCAACAAGGCUGUUUUUGGGUUCAGUCAGAAUACGUAAGAGAUCUUCUUUAGAAAGCGGACUAAGAGCACAGAUAUUGUGCAGACGCCCUAUCAACUCGGGAAUGAAACCGAAGCUUUGCAGAUCAGCAGGAGUGGUAAGAUCUAACGGCGUGAACGAUGAAGCUGAUUGAGGGUUGUGGUGAGGCAAAUGCGUAUAUGUUUCUGCCGGCAGAGUUUGCUUGUUGCCAGACAUAGAGGAGCGUCCCCUAAGUUCUCCGCCGAAUCCCAUCGUCGGUCUUGCAACUCUCUUCAGGACAGCCUUGUCUAGCCCGACAAAGGCGCCGCAGAACACAAAGAGAAUGUUAGUAGUGUCAAUAGUAUACUGGUCAACCUUGCCACCUGGAGGAGCUGCCUGAGGAGUUGAGGAAGAUGGCCCAGAUGCGCUAUAGUUCGUCGUGAUAGGUGGCGUAGAUCGGGAUGAGCGGUUGUCCUUGACAUUGAUGGUAACUUUUGUUCCCUCAACGAGCUUCAGCAGCGCCUGUUGAACACCCUCGCCCCCAACAUCCCGACCAGUAGUCGUUUCGCGCCUUGCAAUCUUGUCGAAUUCAUCUAGAACAACAAUACCGUGCUCUGUUGCCUUGAUGUCAUAAUUGGCUUCGAUAAGGAGCCGCUCGAUGCAGGUCUCAACGUCCUGUCCUAUGUAUCCAGCCUGAGUGAAGGAGUUGCAGUCACAGAUAGAGAAGGGUACGUUUAUCUUUUUGCUUAGUGUUCUAAGUUCUGUCAGUUUAAUCGUUUCAGCAGUUGAUAGAAGAAGACAGACUCUAGGAUGUAAGUCUUGCCAACACCCGUGGGACCGACCAGAAGGAGGUUACUCUUGUCUAUCUUGACGUGAUCGGGAACUGUUAUAUCCUCUGCAACAUAGAGAUGGUCCAUUGGGUCAUCAUCGAAUUCGUGGUUAUCGUGAAGCGCACGGACCGACUCAUUAUGGCCCGGGAACUCAUCUUUAAGAGUAUCAGCAGCGUAACGCUCAGGGAUAGAACCAUGUACACGCUGACCUUCGACAGGGUGCAUCUCACGACGUUUCUGAUGCAGUUCUCUGUCUCUCGCAAACCUCUGGCGCAUUACCUUAUCCCGCCUGUUCCGGUCCUCGUGCUCAUGUUGGUGUCUUCGCCGUAGAUUCUGGUAGUGAUUGAAGAUGGUUGCGCAUAUUGUCUUCUUGGCCCGGUCCUGGCCAACGACGUAGUCGUCUACUCUUUUCUUGAGAUCGCGUGGGUAGAACUGUGGUACGCCAAAGUUGGUCUUGUUGAACAUGGGGCCACGCCCCGCAUCGACUGAUGGGUCAUAGCUGCUACUGAAGCCUGAAUUGAAGUCGUUGUUGCGUCGUGAAGCUAUAGGGGAGCCUGAGAUAUAGCGGUGUUGUUGUCGUAAUCGGGAAUUGUAAGAGGAUAGGCAACGUGUCGUAGUAGGUACCAGUCGUGUGGCACAGCGCGAGAGAUGGCAAAGACAGCAACGAGCGGUAGGGAGUGCCCUUACGAAGGGCGACAUUAUGAUAUAUAUUCAGUUUGCAUAAUAUUGAAGGAUGAUACAAAGCGGAGCGUCAGGCGAUAGUUGACUGAGUUGUAGUAUAUCUUGGCAGACGAUGACGGGAAGCGGGGAACGGUUACAGCUUAAUGUGGUCGUGCGAGAGCAAGGCCGACGAUAGAGCCUAUCGAUUCGAUAGCAUGGAAAUGGUUACAGCGAGACUGGUUAUAGGGCUGGCGUAGGGAGGACGAUGCUUCUAUGACUGUAGUUACGGAAUUGAGGAUUGUGUGAUACCG